AUGGCAGACUCGCGUGCAGGGCUCAAGACCAUCAUCUUCCUCUCCUUCGUCCUCUCGCUUUCCUUCCUCCUCAUCAUCCUCGCCUGCGCACUGUGGAGCAACUGGCUGCCUCUCCUGACAGCCAUCCUCUUCGCCUUCGCCCCCCUUCCCAACUGGCUCUGCUCGCGCUGUGCAGGCGCAGACGACUUCUCCGCCGACUACUCCUCCGGACCGCUCGACUUUGGCCACUUCCUCACAAGCUGCUUCCUCGUCAGCGGUGUCGCGCUGCCGUAUGUCCUCGCGCACUCGGAGGUCAUCCAUCCCGUCGCGGCGUGGAUGAGCGCGCUGGGAGGAAUGGUCGGGUACGGGACGAUCAUCACGUACUCGCACUUUUUCGCCAUACGCAUCGAGGAGUUCUGA